CAUUACCCCAUUGCGUUCAUGAUCAAGUAGUUGGUGUACUGAAAUAGCCGAAGUGUAGUAUAAGAAUUGACAUCGCCAAAGGAAGUGGUUGCGAUUUAGUAGUCAAAUUUUUCAAUGGACGAAAUGCAGACAGCACUACCGGUAAAGGAAUUACAUAAUCUGCUACAAGAAACACUCGGGCCAAAAAUGACGAUUAAAAGUGUGGUAUGGAAACCGCUCACAAAUCCAGGAGAAAAUUACGGAAGUUUGAUAUACGGGAUUGAUGCGACUAUCGCAAGAAAUAACACAACUGAGGUUUUGAAUCUAGUUGUGAAAAUACCGCCUCCAACAGAAUAUCUUAUAGAUUUGUUUAACAGCCCAAUUUCUUUCUGGAAGGAACUUAUCUUUUAUAAAAAAAUUGUGCCUGAAUUUACGAAACUACAAAUGGAAAGUGGUAUAGACCCUGAUAAACUUGUCAAGUUCCCCCUUUACUAUGGUGGCAGAUUAGGAUUGACAGACCCUAACGUAUUUGACGAGCAGGCUGCUAUAGUGCUGCAAAAUCUAAUUCCUAAAGGAUACUCGGUGCGAGAUAGAUUAUUAGGCUUAGAUUUAGAACACACUCAACUUGCCAUUGAAGAGUUAGCAAAAUUACAUGCGGUAACGAUUGGUUUGAAAUUAAAAGAUUCUGAAUUUUUCAAACAUUCAGUUAUGCCUGCGUUAGUACAUGUCGCAAAUGACACAACAAUGGAGACUGUCAGAGAUAUGCUGAGACAAGUACAUGAUACUUUAAAAGAACUUCCAGAAGCGAAGCCAUACAUUAAUCGAAUUAAUAAAACUUUGAGAUAUGACUAUGAGGUUGAUUACCGACUUUCAAAACCUUCAGAGCCAUGGGGAACAAUGGUGCAUGGUGAUUAUUGGUCUAACAAUAUGCUGUUUAAAUAUGCCGAAAAUUCUCAUCCAAUUAGCAUUAAAAUAAUUGACUUCCAGCUUGGUUACUAUGGCUCUGGAGCCAAAGACCUAAUUUUCUUUUUAUUAUCAAGUGUGCAAGAUGAAUUAUUAAACAACAGUUUAGAAGACAUGCUUGAUUAUUACUAUAAGUCAUUUAUUAAUUCACUGACAUCAUUAAAGGUUGACACAGAAAAAUUUACGAGAGAAGGCUUUGACGAAGAGGUGAAGAAAUCUGCACCACUCAAAUUUGGACAGUGUAUUGGUAUGACGAAUGUGAUACAUUCAGUAAGAGGGGUCGUAAAAAAUAUGGAAGACGUAGGCAAAGAUGUAAAUUUUUCGGCUAUUGGAAAUAAUAUUAGAGUUCAAAAAAAAUUAUUACACAUUCUGCAGAUUUUUGAUAAAAAUCAAUGGUUGAUUGAUUAAUCAUAAUAGUAUGGGGUAUUUGAAGAGUAUUAUUGAUUGCAAAAGUGCAGGCACCUCAAAAUCAUAUGCUCAGCCAAACCACGUAGUUGAAAGGCCAAGAAUCAAAAGGACUAGAAAAAGCUUUAACAAUAAAUGGAAAUGAAAGUUAGAGAGAGCACCGUUUCUACAAAUGCCGAUACCUACAAUUUCGUUUCUACAAGUGGGAAUCCUACAAGUUUGUUCCCUCCCGUUUCACCCCGAAAGGUUCGUUUGUACAAGUGGCGAUCCUAAAACCGAAAGGAUCAUUUCUACAAGUGGCAGUAAGAUAAUUUACAUUAAAUUAAAUUAGAUUAAAUCAAAUUCAAUCAAAAUGUACGAAAUUUACAGUUAAAUGUAUGAGAAACGAACUUGUAGGCAUCAGCACUUGUAGAAACGAUACGCUCUCGAAAGAUAUAUCUAUAUUUUGACUUUGAACAAAUGCUGAAGCUAAAUUUGACUAUUUGAUUCCGAAUAUAAAAGUACAGAGUUUACAAAUUUGGCAAAUAUCAAUAUAUGGAUUCAAUCUUCAACUUCAAAAUGAUACCAAGAAAUUGAAAUCACCUUCGUACUUGGGACAACGCCAUUGGUGCUAGCAUUAUACAGGGACUGGCUUUUGCUGUACUAGAGAUAUUAUACAAAGUGUUAAACUCACUAGUCAAAUACCCAGGUUGUAUUACUGGUAGCAAGUAUUACACUGUACUAUUUUUGAUUGACUAUAUAUAUUAAUAACGUUGUAACAAGUGUUACGCUUCUAUACAGGUGUGUAUCGAAAUGUCCAUUUGAAUAUGUAAUAUUCAUGGACAUAGACACCUCAUUAAUUGUGCAAAUUGAAUCCAAUAUUGCGGUAUUCCAUAAUUAUACCACUCACACACAUUGAUAUUCGUUUAUUUCGAUAAUAACAGUUCAUAGGUAAGCAAAAGAAUUUUAGUAAAUUUAAAGAUGAAUGCUGAUCGAAUACUUGUACUCACUGCUAGAAUAUCUACAGCUGUAUCCAGUAUACUGAAUUCUGUGAUAAAACGUAGAUGCAGCACCCGUGUCCAUUGGCUUAAAGCAGGAUCAAAAAUGCAAGCUGCUUACAUGCUGACAGAAUUUUUGUUCCAUUACUAAUUCUGCUUCUGAAACCAAUUCUUCUUGAUUCGAACCCUGAAAUCAAAUUAUCUUCAUAUCAUAUGCAGACAAAUCAAUAGACACGUAUAUGUAUAAUAGCUGCAACAUUCGCCAGAAAAAACCAUUAGUAUUAUGGAAUAGAUGUGUUCAAUAAGUUGUUCACCUGAGUUCAGAUGACACUCUUUGAUGGUAGAGAAUCGUAAACCCGAGUUAAGGAUGACAAUUUCCUAAAAUUAUCAUUUUUAGAAAUGAGGAGUAGAACUCAGGAAAUUGAAAGUUUUCUAUCUUGUGUUCUUUGAGAAUUUGGGGUUCGAUUCACAUAAAAAUCAUCGACAACACUUCCAGUUUCUGUGCUUUUCGACAAGAGCUUCAAAGGAUACUGGUCACAUAGAAUGAGAUUGAAUAAGUUUAAAUUCGUGAUACAGAAAAUAUACUUGGGCAUGAAUGUGUAAAUGUAUCUUGGAACAUCCGAUUGGUUCCGCCGAAUGAAAUGAUUCAUUUUAGUCAAAUUUACGCUGUAAAAUAUUUUUACAUCCAAAUGAUAGGCAAGACGUUAAAUCUUUCUUAAAAAUUGACUUUGCGAUGCUACAAAUACCUUUAAUCUACGUUUAUAUGAAUGUAACAGAACCUAAGCUAGUGUAAACUCUAACAAAUAUCUAACAUUGAUAUUUUAAUAUUUAAUAUUUGCAUGUUUUGACCAAUCAAAGCAUUAUUUGAGUUGUUAUUCAAUAAAAUCAUAUAUUCUGUUGUUAAAUAGUAUUCGUAUUGCUAAUAUUUUUUUCUUCAUAUUCUUGGAAACUCUGUUUAGAGAUACCUACAUAUUCCAGACAUUUAUCAAGCUGAAUACUUUAUGCCAUUUGCAAUCUUGACUACAUAAAAUGUGCACAUUAGAAGACAAUAUGGUAAAUAUUUUAAUUUAAAUAUAUCCUUUUUUUUAAUAUCGGGUAUUACAAUAUUUACAGAUAGCAUAAUUCAACCUUUACUGUGCAUGAACAAUAUAAUUAUUGAAACAUUAAUGCUAAAUAUAAGUAUUCGUAAUAUUGUUAUUUGGUGUACCAAUAAUUCAUCAGAAACGACAUAAACCCAUAUUUAGAUGUUUUAGAUAUAUUAAGAUAAUUCUAAGCAUAACUAGUUUACCAAAUCAAUUGCAUAUCGAAAAACUGAAGAUUGAAAUCUAGUUCUCCAGUUGUAACAGUUGCUUUAUCAUUAUUAAUAUUACAGUCCACUCGCAAACGAAGAAAUUUAUCAUCCACAUGAAAUUCAUUGUAUUCUUCCCGAUAAAACAAUUCCAGCAAAUAUUUAAAUGAUAUUUCAAUUUACAAGCACUUCCAUAAUAAGGUAGAUCAAAAAGUAAAAAUGUGAAAAAGGAAUUUAAAUCUGUGUAAAAUUGAACUGUCAACUUUUCGUGUACAUUUUUCGUAGUAAAAAUGAUUAAUUAGAAUUAAAUACUCUGAUAGUACUGUAUAUUUCCCUGGCCUAUAUAGCUGCAAUAAAAUCAUCACAAAUCACUUUCUUAUUAAUUACUUGUGUAAUUGCUUGACCUCACAUUGAAGACACAACAUUUUUUGAGAAGACUUAAUAUAACAUGUACAAUUCUUUGACAGUGGAGUACUGCAGCAAUGUAGCAAGUAUCCAGAUGUAAACAGCAAUUAAUUAUACGAGACCUUGACAAAUUAAUACCAAUACUUGCUCUGAGAUCAGUAUGAAAGUACAACAGAGUACCACUGUCAAAGAAUAGUACAUAUAGUUAGGAA